UAAGACUUUCAGUUGGAAUAUCUCGAUCGUUAAGAGUCAUUCGAUUUGAAAACACAUAGUACAAAUACGAGUCGGUCUAAUGGAAAUGAUAUAAAUACUUUAACAGAGAGAAGUGCAUUUUUUAAUUAAAAUCGAAGCUAUGUCAGAACUGCAUCCUUCUGCCAUCAGUAUCAACACGAUCAACCCUAAUGUGAAGUUGAUGGAAUAUGCAGUGCGUGGUCCCUUAGUGAUUCGUGCUGCAGAAAUAGAGGAGGAGCUCAAACACGGUGUUAGGAAACCAUUUGAUGAGGUCAUCCGCGCAAACACAGGAGAUUGCCAAGCAAUGGGGCAAGCACCAAUCACUUAUAUCAGACAAGUUUUAUCAUUAGCUCUCCGGCCAGAACUCUUGGAGGUGGUAAACUGUCCCUCAGACAUAAAAGAACGAGUUCGCACACUCCUGAAUGGUUGCAACGGUGGGUCAUUAGGAUCUUACACUGGGUCGCUUGGAAUUGAAUUUAUUCGCCGCUAUGUUCAGCAAUUCCUUGGAGAGCGUGAUGAUGUUCCCUCUGAUUACCGUGACAUUAUUUUAACCACUGGCGCCACACAAGGGAUUAAAUCAAUUCUUCAACUUCUUAAGUAUGAGCGCUGGAAGUCCAAUUUGUUUCAAAUCAAAAUUUCAAUUUUUAAAACAACAGCUGUCCCGUUGGUAAUAAAAAAAACUGGAAUAAUGGUCUCCGUUCCGCAGUAUCCAAUGUAUUCUGCAACAAUUGUCGAGCAAGGCAUGCAUCUUGUAUCAUACUUCUUAGAAGAGGAGACGAAUUGGGGACUUAACAUCAACGAACUCAAACGAGCUAUUGAUGAAGCUAAAGAAGUUUGCAUACCCCGAGCUAUCGUUAUUAUAAAUCCCGGAAACCCUACUGGUCAAAUAUUAACCCGAGCAAACAUGGAGGAGAUCAUAAAAUUCGCAUAUGAAGAGAAUCUCGUAAUUUUGGCCGAUGAAGUUUACCAAAACAAUGUCUAUGAAGACCGAAUAAAAUUCAACUCUUUCAAAAAAGUUCUUGUAGAAAUGGGAGAACCUUACAAAAAUAUGGCAUUAGCCAGCUUCAUGUCCUGUUCUAAAGGAUAUACGGGCGAAUGUGGCCUGCGAGGUGGUUUAGUGGAGAUAUUCAACUUCCCCGCAGACGUCAAAACCAUGUUUUAUAAAAGUUUGUCAGCCCAGGUUUGUCCAAAUACAGUGAGCCAAGCAGCGAUAUUUUGUCUGGUUAAUCCUCCGAGAGAAGGUGAACCUUCCUAUGAGCUGUUUAUGGAGGAAAAGACUAAGGUUUUGAAAUCACUAAAAGAGAGAGCACAACUGGUCCAUGAGGUGUUUAACUCUUUUGAAGGAUUUUCUUGCACCACCAUACAGGGGGCAAUGUAUGCUUUUCCACAAUUCAAGUUACCUCCCAAAGUUAUUGAACUUGCUAAUGAGCGUGGAAUGCCUCCCGAUCAAUUUUAUGCAUUUGAGCUGUUAGAAAAUACAGGAGUUUGCAUAGUACCUGGUUCCGGAUUUGGCCAAAAGCCUGGCACAUAUCAUUUCCGAACAACGAUUCUUCCGAAAAUAGAUAAAUUAAAAGUUAUGCUGGAGAAAAUUAAAAGCUUCCAUACAGACUUUAUAGCAAAAUACCGUUGA